AUGGCUUCGAUUGCUCGCUCCUCCCUGCUGCGGCAGGUUGCUUCGGCCUCCCGGGUGUCGAUGGCGACAAGGCCCGCCCUCCAGCAGAGCGUCCUCGCUCGCGCUGCCACCUUCCACACCACAUCCAAGAGGGAGCUGCUGCCCCCUCUGCCGCAGCGCAUUAAGGGCACAGUGAACGACGCUGUCCCCGUCCCCGAACCCUCGCCCGCGCAGGGCUCCUACCACUGGACCUUCGACCGGCUGGUGGCCGCUGGUCUGGUUCCCCUUACCGUGGCCCCCUUCGCCGCCGGCUCGCUCAACCCGACGCUCGACGCCAUCCUGUGCGCCGGCAUCCUGAUCCACUCACACUCCGGCUUCCAGCAGAUCAUCAUUGACUACGUCCCCAAGUAUCGUACGCCGACCGCUCGCAAGCUGUUCAUGUGGGGCCUGAACGCUGCCACCGUCGUCGUUGGCCUGGCGCUGUACGAGUUCGAGACCACUGAUGUCGGUCUUACUGAGGCCAUUAAGCGUAUUUGGACUGCUUAA